AGACAAAAUCAUCGAGAACAUCUUGGUUGAUCACGAAUUGAUGCACUAUUUGAAAAUCAAGACAAGUGGUAAGAAAGGGUAUAUGGCUCUAAAGGUUGACAUGGAAAAAUCUUAUGAUAGAGUUGAAUGACCCUUCUUGCUCGCAGUCUUGGAGAAAAUGGGUUUCAAUUCCGUUUGGACUGGAUGGAUCCAUGAAUGUCUUCGCUCAACAUCUUUCUCGGUCCUAAUGAAUGGAUCUCCGUCAGGAUUUUUCUCGCCUUCCCGGGGGCUUCGUCAAGGGGACCCUCUGUCUCCCCUGUUCUUUGUGCUAUGUACGGAAGGCUUUGCUGCGAUUCUCCGCAAGGCAAUUGCUGAUAAGAGACUGGGAGGAGUAAAAGUAGCUCCGCAGGCUCCUUGAAUUUCACAUUUAUUCUUUGCGGAUGAUUCUUAUCUGUUCCUGCGAGGGAAUCUUCAGGAAUGUGAAAAUCUGAUCGACGUUUUAAAUGAAUAUGAGGAGUUAAGUGGCCAACUGGUUAAUUUGGAUAAAUCAGCGGUUUGUUUUAGUAAGAACAUUGCCCCCGCUGAUCAGGAAUUUCUGGCGGCGAUUCUGGGGCUGGGAGCGGUGGGAGUUCAUGACAAAUACUUGGGCCUCCCGACCCUGAUUGCCCGAUCUAAGAUGGCUACUUUCCGCUACUUGGAAGAAAAACUGCUGGAGAAACUUCAAGGGUGGAAGCAACGUACUUUAUCUUGGGCAGCAAAAGAAACCCUGAUUAAAUCUGUUGCUUUAGCCUUACCUUUGCAUGUUAUGUCUUGCUUCCGGUUGCCCUUGUCACUUUGUCGGCUCCUGGACAAGCAUGUUGCGCGGUUCUGGUGGGGCAUGACGGAGGGGCAGUCAAGGAUUCAUUGGAUGUCCUGGAGAAAUAUGUGCAAAAGCUAACAUGAUGGGGGCAUGGGUUUCCGUCGUUUUGAACAUUUCAAUCAGGCACUGUUAGCUAAAAUUGGAUGGCGAAUUCUUCAGGAUCCCCAAUCCUUGCUGGCUCAAGUCUAUAAAGGUAAAUAUUUCCCGAGGGGGACUUUUCUCCAAGCCCAGGCGCGUUCGCGCCCUUCCUGGGGAUGGCAGAGUGUUCUCUUUGGGAGACAGUUGCUAGAGCAAGGCCUUCGUUGGCAAAUUGGUAAUGGGGCAUCAACAUCGCUGCUCUCAUCGAAUUGGUUACCUCAGUUGCAUCCUGAGAAGCCUGUCUAUAACCCGCAGGUGCUCCCAGAAGGUGGGGAGCUGAUGGUAGCAGAGGUCUUAGACCAGGAUGGGGAAGGGGGUUGGUGUGAAACCAAACUGCGGCAAUGGUUUGAUCCUCCAACAUGUCGAAUCAUUCGUUCUAUCCCUCUGCCGAGACAGAAUAUGGUAGACAAACUUAUCUGGCAUUGCACGACAGAUGGUGUGUUUACUGUCAAAACAGCAUAUCACUUAGUCGUUGAUCAGGCCAAAAAGAAUGGUUGUUGGAGGGCCACGGCUAGUUGGAUGGAUAGGGUCAGUUGGAUUUGGCUAUGGGAGGCUGACAUUCCCCCUAAGUUGAAGGUGUUCGUAUGGCAGAUUUUUCAUCGUAUCCUCCCUACCACUGAAGGCCUCAUUGAGAAAAGUGUUCCGGUCCUCCCACGCUGUCCGGUUUGUUGGGAUGCAUCGGAAACUAUGGAACAUUUAUUCCUGGAGUGUCCAGCGGCUCGGGCUUUAUGGGACUAUUCAGGCCUUGAACAUCUUGGCCAAGGCUUACCUCGCCAUACUUUUCCCCUGUUUCUUAAACGGCUGUUUGCCUUGAUCCAUCAACCUCCGAUGAUCAUGGCGGUGGUGGUUAUGCUGUGGCGAAUUUGGAAGUCGCGUAAUUGGGUUGUCUUUGAAGGCAAGCAGUUUGGCUUCUCUGCCUUGAUGCGCCAAUUUCAUCAACAGUGUGAGGAAUGGGAACGGGUGUCAGCAGGAAGGGUAGAGCAGGGUCCACGCCCAAUUCUCCAUCCUCCGGGCCUGGCUUGGGGCUCCUCGAUGGUGUGUAUGCGGGAUGGGGCUACGAGGGCUGGGUCUCACUCUGCUGGCGGAAUGGUCCUUCUUGAUCCUCAUAGGGAAGUCCUCCGAGCUCAGGGGGUUCAGUUUGGGGCCAUUGAUGAUCCGUGGGUGGUGGAAGCGCUUGUCCUCCGAGAAGCUAUCUUGUGGUGUGUAGCCAAUGGAUUCCAGGAGGUGAGGUUUGAAGGAGAUGCCAAGGUUAUCAUCGAGAAAAUCAAUCAAGCUGAAACUAGAGAUAGUAGGAUUGGGAUGAUCUUAGAGGAGAUCCGGCAUUGUAUGGUGCAUAAUUCUGGGUUUAGUGUGCGAUUUGUAGGACGGAGGAACAAUAGGGUAGCCCAUGCGGUGGCUAGAAAGGCCCUUGCUUUGUACCCGUCUACGUGUCGUUCUUUUAAUUUUCAGGCCUGGCUGAUUUCCAGGAUGUAACGCUACCUUUCUUGAAAUCUAUAUAUGAUUAUCUUUUGUAAAAAAAAAUUCUCCCGGCAAUUGGCAAUCGGAAAUGAGUAAAUCAUGUGGCAGUUGGGCCAGUAUGAUACUUGACUACUGAGUUUUUCUUUUUAUUACAAGAUUAGUAGUGAGUUGUUGACCGAAAAAUAAUCCAUUAGGAAUUCUGUGUUGGGCUCGGUUUUGAAAAGUAGUUGGGAUGAGUUAGCGUGGUAAGAGUAUUUCUACUAUUUUAUAUAGUAUUGGUGUUUUAUGUCAAGUUGUACCAUAACAUUAAAUGUAUAAGUUUAGGUUGUACCAUAAACGAAUUUGUAUCAUUAUGUUAUUGUACAACUUUACAACUUGAAGUUGUAUCAUCAUAUAAGAGAAUUUGUACAAAAAGUAUAGGUACAAUCUGAAGUUGUACCAUAACGUUAAAGGUACAAUUUCAAGUUGUACCAUAAAAGCACAAACCUAUAACACCAAUGCUAUAUAGCAUUGUAAAAUUCCUCGCGUGGUAAAUAUUAUUUUAGUAUAUAUGAUGGUUACGAAACUCUAUAUUUUUAUUAUUUUCUUUGUUUUUUUCCUUUUUUUUUAAUUUGACUGCCAAGAUUGUUAUAAGGAUAGUUUUGGAAAAGAAAAAAUAUCGCCUGUGAUUAUUGCUAUUUAAAUCCUAACAUAUCCCCACUCUACUCUCUCCCGUCCGCCUCAUGUCGAAACGAGCGAUGAAACAGGAAAAGCUAGACAGGAAAGAAGAGUUUUUUAAUCUGGUAUCGUCAAGAUGACAUUGGUCCACAGAGAGUAUCUCCCUCUCAGGUUUUAAUAUUAGUUUUUUUAACUCUACAAUGCUACACGAGUAUAAUAUUUAUAGCCAAUGCAAGACACUAAUCAUAAGAAAAUCAUAAGAAGAAAUGUUCAAAGGAGAAGAAAAUUGGAAACAGAUAAAAAGAGUUAAGAGUAUGUUUUCUAAUAAGGCAAAGUGCUUAAAGGUAUGUCAAAUGAUGGUAGAAGCAUUCAAGCUCCAACAUGUUUAUCAAAAAGCUUUUACCCUAUGUGUUUUGAUGUUCAUGCAUAUUGUUGUGGUUAGGACUCUCUCGUACUUUUGUUGACCUUGUAAUUUCACUUGUUAUCCACUACCUAAGAUCGAGUUUGAGUGAUGGUUCCUAAUGUUCAUUGAGUUGUAUGAUUGUGAGUAGUGUUUGCUUGGAGACAACCAAAGUUCAAGUGUGAGUUAUUUUACACUCUAUUUGUAGUGUUUAUCACUCGCAUAUUUGAUGCAUUUUUCCCUUCUAUUAAUACAUCUUUACUGGUUUCAUUAUAUUUCUUAUGGAAUUCAUAAUUAUUUGAUUUGUGAGCUUAUGAUAGACCUUGUGUAUUUUUGUACUAUUUUAUGCCUUUUGGUGUUGUUUUGUGCUUUUCCAGGGUAUAAUGCUCUCAAGGCUAAUAUAGAACACCAAGAGACCUAAUGGACCAGAAGGAGGACGAGAAUACAAGUUCAUGGGCUCUAACAGAGAUAGAUUCUGAAAUUGGAAACUCAAGUUAUGGACCAAGAAAUAGUAUUUGGAAGAGAAGAGAAGUCGAACGAUGUCCAAAUGAGCUGAAAUUUUAGGAGCGGCCCAAUGUGACCAAGAUGAAGUUGAUCACUAGAAAAUGAACUGAUUUGGAGAAGAAAAUCCCCCUCCGAGUCCAACCACUUUCCAGCCACCGCUCGGGCACAAUCUCUCCAGAAACUUCCUCUUCAAGAUUACUUCGUCUCCAAGUCGAAUAAUUUCAAAUUCAAGUUUUACAAGGAAGUUUUGGUCGACUUUAGGAGGAAAAGAACUAAAACCUCUUCUAUAACUAGUAUGAUGCUAGGCUAGAGGUUUAGACACACCUUUUAGCCAGCACUCUGCCCCACUAGGCACAAGUUAGAGAUCCAUAGAGAGGAGGUGAAGCCCUGUUGAAGUUUGACUAGGAUGAUGCACCAUCGAUGUUCUUCAUCAUUGGUGAUGUCUUCCUACACUCUCUUGCAUUGCUAGCUGGAUCUGCUUAGAGAUGUGAAUUCUAUGAUGUUCAUGCAUUUUUCUAUGAAUUAAUAAGAUGCUUAUUUCAUUCAACGCUAUAGUUAUUUAUGCUUGUUCCUUUAGAUGCAUUAUUGUAUUUGUGAUGCUUUAAUCAUCUAUUGAUUAUAUCAUCGAUGCUCUACAUCAUCUAGUGUUAUAACGAUUAUAUGUGUGUGACCCCUAUUAGAUGCUACUAUAAUAUUGUGCAUAAUAUCAUUGAGAUUUAUAAUAAAUUAUCCUAUUGUGA